AUGGUUCUGUUGAGCAGUUCUUCUCUAUGCCUGGGAGCACUGGGUCUCGCUCUUUGUCUGUUGUUCAGACGCCUCAAAGAGUACAAACGACUUUGCCACGUUCCAGGACCACUGUUAGCUGGCUGGACCGAUCUCUGGCUACUUCGCUACGUUAUACCGGGCACGCUUUGCACUAAACUCGUCGAUGUUUGCGAAAAACAUGGCCCAAUAGCACGAAUUGGCCCAAACUGGGUUGUCUGUGGCGACCCUAAUGAAAUUCAGCGCAUAUGGGCCAUCCGUUCUGGGUUUGUUCGCACUCCAUGGUACAAAGCCACGCGACUCGAUCCAGAAGAAGACAACGUCUUGACUGAGCUGGAUACGAAACGACAUCAUCACCGACGGGCAAAACUAGUACCAGCGUACGCUGGAAAAGGUCUCGACAGUCAGGAGAGCUUACUAGAUGAGCAGAUCGAGAAACUCUACGAUCUCAUCGAUCGCAGAUACCUAUCCACGACGAGCAAUGUCAAGCCUUGCAACCUUGGUCGCGUCAUGCAAUAUCUCACGCAAGAUAUCAUCACCGCCGUCGGCUUCGGCAAGCCUGCAGGCUAUCUCGCUGCAGAUGCAGACCUAAUGGGCAUCCUCGAAACAUGCGAAAACCUGUUAGCUCCCGGCCACAUCAUCAUGUUCCUGCCUCUGGUACGGAAGGUGUUGGAGUCAGGUCUUUUGAAGCGAUUUCUGCCGAAACCGACCGAUAACCACGGUAUAGGAGGCCUUCUUGGCUUGAUUAAAGCACACGUUGACACUCGCUACGGUGAAUCGAAGGUACACGGUAAAGAUAUGCUACAGAAUUUCGUAGAUUCCGGACUCACUCGACCGCAAGUUGAAGCCGAGUCACUGGUCACGCUUUUCGGCGGGACCGAUUCCACUUCGACCGCGCUUCGGAUGACGAUCUUCUUCCUCUCCACCAACAUGACAGCGUAUCGCAGACUACAGGCUGAGAUCGACGCUGCCGUUGUAUCUGCCGUAAGACCGGUCAUUGCAGAUGAGCAUGUCAAGAGACUACCAUAUCUGCAAGCAUGCAUUCGAGAGGGCAUGCGGCUCUGGCCACCUAGCAUGGCAUUACUACCAAAGAUGUCGGAGAUCGAUCAACUUGUAUGUGGACAGCCAGUUCCGGCAGGCACAUACAUUGGGUGGUCGGCAAUGACCAUAAUGAGGGAUCGAGGAGUUUUUGGAGAAAGUUCAGUCAUUUUCGAGCCUGCUAGAUGGCUUGAUGCGCACCCAGAGAAAUUAAGGCAGAUGGAAGGAGUAUAUGGCCUUAUAUUCGCCACGGGGACAGGAUGGGAAUGCCUUGGAAAGAAACUGGCAUAUGCGGAGCUCGGCAAGGUGCUCUUCGAGCUGUUUUUGCGCUACGACUUUGCCAUGAUCGAUGCCAUGCAUCCUUAUGACUGGACCAACCAUGGCUUCACAAUCCAUCGAAACAUGAAUAUGUCGCUGCGCAACUCCUUCACUGCAAACGACUUUGCGCUCUGGCUGUCGUUUGACCGUCAUUCGCGACAACCACAUUCCCGUGCUGAGCAACCAGCAGCAAUGUCGCGACGAACAAGCACGAGACGAUCAUCUGCGACACUGCAAAUCGAUCGCCAACAUACUCAGGCAGCGCUGACUUGCAGUACAGAUCGGGAGACCACGCCGACACCCGUUAUAGGUCUUAGUAGCGCAGAGACUAUGGAAAGGGUACUUUUGCCAGACGAUGUUCAGGAGGUACCACGCCGAAGAUUGAAAAGCACCGAGACUGCGAGAGCGAUGGCGUCGCAGGAUUUACCUCAAGCGGUGCUCGCAGACACCAAGUCCAUCCGCAACCCAGAGGCGUCAACAGGCGACGUACUUCCGUACAGCGUACCGACGACACUACCACCUACGACAGCCACAGACUCCGAGAGUACUACCAAGAAACUCUCAGCAACAGCCAUCGCAUUGAUCAUGCUACCACUCUGCCUCUCGGUGUUCCUGUCCGCCCUCGACCUCACGAUCAUCACACCCGCCAUCCCUACCAUAGUGCGAGGCUUCCACUCUACCACGGGUUAUGUCUGGAUAGGCAGCGCGUUCAUCCUAGCAAGUACAGCUAGUACCCCAGUCUGGGGCUCAUUGGCAGAUAUUUGGGGCCGCAGGCCUAUCCUCUUAAUCGCGCUGACCAUAUUCCUUGGAGGAAGUUUACUCUGCGCUCUCGCGCCGUCCAUGCAUUCUCUCAUCGCCGGGCGUGCAUUGCAAGGCCUUGGAUCCUCUGGUAUGGGCACGACAGUCAACAUCAUCAUUUGCGACACAUUCUCCUUGCGCGAUCGGGGGCUGUAUCUCGCCAUAACGUCCGUCGUGUGGGCGAUCGGCAGCGCUAUUGGACCAGUCAUCGGAGGCAGCUUUACAACUAAAGUGAGCUGGCGAUGGUGCUUUUGGAUCAACUUGCCAAUUGGAGCAGUGGUAUUUAUCGUAUUACUUCUCUUCUUGAAACUUCCCUCGCCGCACACGCCUAUUUUUGCGGGUUUGAAGGCGAUCGACUGGGUGGGGAGUAUCUUGAUCGUUGGCGCCGCAUUGAUGAUCUUGCUCGGACUGGACUUUGGCAGUAUCACGUUCCCGUGGUCUUCGGCAACGGUUGUAUGCCUCAUAGUCUUUGGACUCGUGACGAUCGGCGUCUUCAUCGUGAAUGAGUGGAAGUUCGCCAAACAUCCCGUCAUCCCACUACGUCUUUUUACAAACCGUUCGACAGUUGCUGCAUACUUCGUGUGGGCUUGUAACUUUUACAUCCUCAUCGGCCUAUCAUACUACUUGCCUCUAUACUCUCAAUCCGUGUUAGGCGCCAACGCUCUCGUCUCCGGCGUCCAUCUCAUACCGCUCAUUGUGGCCUGCUCUUUAUCCGCCGCAUGCACAGGCGCAUAUAUUCAGAAGACAGGAACAUAUCUUCCGAUCACAUAUAUUGCACAUGCCUUCCUAUGUCUUGGUACCGGUCUACUCAUUAGCGUUCGGGUUGGCGAGAGCCUGACGAAGCUCAUCAUAUUCCAGGUCAUCACCGGCAUUGGAGUAGGUAUGAAUAUCGAACCGCCACUCAUUGCUGCGCAAGCUGCAAUGACGGUCGUGGAUACAGCGGUCAUACAAGCGACUAUGACUUUUGUACGGUCGCUGGCGACAACUGUGGCGGUUGUUGUUGGGGGCGUGAUCUUCCAGAAUCGGAUGAACGCUGCUAGUCAUGGUCUCGUGGACAAGAUUGGUGAAGAUCUGGCGAACAUGUUUGGCGGUGACCAGGCGUCAGCGAGUGUGGAGCUGAUCAAGACUUUGCCCGAUCCUCAACAAUUGCUCGUAAAGGAUGCAUACUAUCGCUCGUUGAGAUCUGUCUGGCUUAUGUUCGUGGUGGCCGCAGGCCUAUCGUUCAUCGCCAAUUUCUUUCUUCGCGCGCAUCAUUUGAGCGAUACAUCCGAGACCGCAGUUCUCGGAAUCGACAGAAUGGAAGGUUUGAAGCAUGAAUCAGCAGCGUAUGACGGUACACCUAUGACAAGACUGAACAGAUCGUCUGGGGGCGAUGAGGAUGCGCUUGGAGCGCGGUCUUCUCAAUAUGGCGUUGCACCAUAA